AAAAUACUCUCUGUCCCCAUCUAAUAAUGAUCUUGUAAAUUGCGAGACUGUUGCUGAUGUGUCUAAUUUAUUUUUUACCAUCACUACCAGCCAUGGUAGUGACUACAGCUCACAAAGAUCUAACAUUCGUAAUGUAGUAGAUAUUAAGCCUGCAGGAAUGACUCACUCACUAUAUACUUUACAGUUACAGACCCCCUCUGCCCACCAAACCAAUUACUUUCUCAAAGAUACCCUUACCAAUGCUGUAGUAGUGGAUGGUGUGAAGGCACUUUUGAACACAGAUAUUGAUCUGAAUGUUCAGUCUUCAAAGAUCCCAUUGACCCUCCUCUUCAAGCAAGCGUCUAUUUUCCGUCGCCAGUACAAAUAUACCUGGGAGGGUAGAGCUUAUCGCUGGGAACUUCACCUCAAUAAUCGCAUCACAUUGUCCAGACAACUGGCAGGCAACCAAGCCAAAAAAUACGAACUGAUGGGAUCUGCCAAGCUAUACAACGUCAAGCCAGAAAGGGUCCAACAAACCUAUACGCGGUUUGAACUUGAUGCUAGUGUUUAUCAAGACGUGCACGACAAGAUUGCAUUUGAACACGUUACCAUCAUGACAUUGUGUCUAUUCAUUGACAAUGUCGGACCGGGAUUCAUCACCUUUCCUCUAUCUUCAAGAUAAAAUGAUUUCAAAUUUUGUCUCCAGACUUCUCGUUGACCGGAUAAACAAGAUCGCAUCGAGCACGAUUGGCAAGCAUAAUACAGAAUCUCUUUCUUGGCCCUACAAUCACUUUGUAUUAAGUACAUUAUCCCUCUAUCCAUUCACUACUACUGCAUGUUAUAUCUUUUUUUCUUUCUUUAUGUAUUUGUAAUUUUCCUUCCUAUUUCUUUCAGCCUUCAUAAAUCUCUUCAUUUUCAGUCCCUUUCCAUCACCACUGGUCUUUCAGGGGCUACGGUGUUACAACCGACUCUAGAGCUUGACGCAACCUAUCGUCAUCAUAUACCGGCUUUCCCUCGGAAAUCCCUCCAGGAACUUGUAUACACUUGAUGCCCAGUUCUUCAACAGCACCGACAUCGACUUCAAUUUCUGUAGUAAGGUUCAAAUGGUUAGUUCCAGGCUGUUAGGUAGAGCAAUUU